CUUUCAGGAAAACGAUGUGCGUGCCCCUCUUCACUCUGCGAGUCAACAGUCGAAUCGCUCAGAAGUGCUAUGUGCUUGCCCAACAACGACUUAUUGACAGUUCAUCUACGGUAUGAUAAUUAUAAUAAUUUAAACGACUGCAGCUGAGUCGCGACUGGCAGCGCUUUCGCCUCCAAAUUCUUCCAUUCCUGCUCUAAUACCUGCAAUUUCCGUAUUACCACCUUGUGUUGUUAUCUUGGAUACUGAGCCAUCGGUGCAGACAAUUUCGUCGGCAGUUUGGUCGCGCGGCAGCAUACGUGUUGGAAAUAUGUGUCCGGUUGAGCUCGUCGCGGCUGGCGCUGCCGUGGUUCCUGGAGGGUGGCAAGAUGAAUAGCGUGCUUGGAGAAGUGGCGGGAUUUAUGGGCACGAGCACGUUUCGCGUGCCUGACGCAAGUUGCUGUUCGGGCGAAUGUUGCCGGGGGACCUCAAUGACGCGUCCGGGCUCUUGUGGCAGCUGGGCCAGGGGAGUUCAGUUCGCCGGCCGUCCAAGUGGCAAGUUGGCGGCAGAGCGGGUGGUUGAGCCACUGCGUGUGCGGGCCAUGCACGAUGGCUCUCGACGGUGGUCGAGGGAAGGGACGCCUGGUUUCCACAGCUUUGCGACCGGGCCCAGAUCGUGCCGGUACCGGUGCGCAGGGUGGCCCUGCUUCUGGGGUCGGUUCGGUUGAACAGCUACCCGCUGCAGUGCUUUCACUGCAAAGGGGUAUAACAGCAUUGUAACAGCCGAGCAGC